CUUGCACAAGUUUCACUGUUUCAGAAGCAACGCGAGCUACUUGCCUACUUCACAUUUAGCAUUUUCCUCUGAAAAAAGAAGAGAAAAAUAAACAUAUAAAUAGAAGCGCGCUCUCCGCAUAAUUGAAAUGAAAGGCAAAGCGGUUAAAGGACACUUGAUCUGGAACACAAGGAAGUUCAGCAAGCCUUCCAUACUCAUAUGCAUUUUCUUCUUUCUCGCUGGAUUAUUCGGUUCUAGCAUUUUCUUUCACUCUCAGGAAGAUACGAAUGAAGGCUUGAGACUGAGAAGGAGUGAGUCGAGGUUGCUUAGAUCGACGACGGAGAAAACGGAGUACAAUUUGUUGCGCGCGGGAGAGUCAGGUGACAAUUCCAUCACGUUGAUUCCUUUCCAGGUUUUGAGUUGGAUGCCUCGCGCUCUCUAUUUUCCUAAUUUUGCGAGUUCAGAACAAUGUGACAGUAUAAUUGAAAUGGCAAGGGAAAGACUCGAACCAUCAACUGUGGCAUUACGGAAGGGAGAAACGAAAGCGAGUGCAGAGGGAAUUAGAACAAGCUCUGGUAUGUUUAUUAAAGCUAACGAGGAUGAAACAGGGAUUUUAGAUGUUAUCGAGGAGAAAAUAGCCAGAGCAACUAAAAUUCCCCGGAGUCAUUUUGAGGACUUUAAUGUACUCCGCUAUGAGAUUGGACAGAGAUAUGCUUCUCAUUAUGACGCUUUCAAUUCUGUGGAAUUCGGUCCACAAGAGAACCCGAGGGUUGCUACAUUUUUGCUGUAUUUAACGGAAGUUCCAGAAGGUGGGGAGACGAUAUUUCCAUUUGAGAAUGGCAUGAACAUGGACGGUAGCUACAACUACAAGGAUUGUGUUGGCUUAAAAGUAAAACCACGCAAGGGGGAUGGACUUCUAUUUUACUCGUUGUUCCUUAAUGGUUCAAUUGAUCCGACAUCACUCCACGGAAGCUGCCCCGUAAUAAAAGGGGAGAAGUGGGUGGCGACAAAGUGGAUGAGGGAACAAGUAUAUGGAUAA